GGGCAAGCGAGAUGGUGGCAACGCCCACUGAUGGUUAUCCCACGGCAACUUCCUCGCUUCAGUCCGAUACGGAGAUCACUAUCAAGUCGCAUCUUCCCUCGUCCGGUACCCCUCAAAUCGCGCUGCAGAAGAAGUCCCAUUUCGAGUUCCUUCUCCGCAACCUCCGCCAAGGCUUCCCAGAACGGUACACCUCUCAGGAUGCCAGUCAACCUUGGCUGAUAUACUGGACACUUCACGGGUUCAGCAUCCUCGGCGCGGGUCUGGACGAUCAGACCAAGAAGAGAACGAUAGAGACCUUACUAGCGCUGCAACAUCCAGAUGGAGGCUUUGCGGGUGGCCCCGGUCAAGCAGCACAUCUUCUUCCUACUUAUGCAGCUAUUUGCGCCUUCGCCGUAGUCGGUCGACCCGGUGAAGGUGGGGGAUGGGAUGCCAUAGAUCGCAACAAGAUGUACAACUUCUUCAUGUCGCUAAAGCAAGCGGAUGGCUCCUUUCUUGUGAGUCAUCAUGGUGAGGUGGAUGUUAGAGGGAUAUACUGUCUGCUCGUGGUAGCCACCCUACUCAACUUGAUCACGCCAGAGCUGUUGGCAGGCGUACCCGACUUCCUGGCGACAUGUCAGACCUACGAAGGCGGCUUCGGUAAUGCAUCAUUUCCAGGAUGGGCUUUCGGAUCAGAUGACACGGAGGCAACAACACCUCUGUCAAGUCCGAGAGACCCGACUGCGCCCCGCCCUCCCCUCGGCGAGGCUCACGGAGGCUACACAUUCUGUGCCACAGCGUCCUGGGUGCUUCUGCAACCGUUCAUCAAACUGUAUCAUCCUCCUGUGCCCGGCAGUCCUCUCCCCGAGCCGAAGAUCAACACACGUGCCCUACUCCGCUGGUGUGUGCAGAUGCAGGGCCUCCCCAUCGAACUCGGAGGGUUCAAGGGCCGGACAAACAAACUGGUCGACGGUUGCUACAGCUGGUGGGUUGGCGGCUGUGUCGUCCUAGUGGAGACAUUACUUGGUCUUGCGGCGUCGCAUAUCGCCGCAGGCGAAGAACCUACCGACGAACAUGACGAGGACAGUGCAAAGGCGUGGGAUGAUGCUGAUGACUCGCUCUUCAACAGGCGUGCUCUGCAAGAGUACAUCCUAUGCGCUGGACAGCAUCCGGCUGGGGGUCUACGAGACAAGCCGCCCAAACCAGCGGAUGCUUACCACACCCUGUACUGUGCCGCCGGUUUAGCCGCCGCUCAGCACCGCGUUGUUCCAUCCAAGGCUCGCGAGAAGGCUGUUUUGUUGACGUGGGAUCCAGUACAAGCACACGCGAAGAGCGGCGCGACAUACGUCUCCCCCUCGGACGUAGAGCGUGAGACGUUUGAAGAAUUGCGAAAACAGAUGUUCGCACACGCGCUCUCUUGGUCCGAGGAAGAAGGCACGACUACGUACGUUGGCGGCGCGGCCAAUCGCGUGAAUGCUGCGCACCCCAUCUUCAACCUCACAAUUACGCAUGCGGACGGAAUUUUGGCCCAUUUCUACGGUCAGAUGCCGCCGUCACGCUACCCCCCACGCGGCAAGAAGUGAAGGAGAUCAGCGAGCGCAACGGAAGACGGUGCGGUAGACUUCAAGGAUUGGUUGACAGAAGGUUAUGGAGGAUACUCCGGAUCUCAUGAUGUGACGCGGAGACCGGUCCCUAUGUGAGACAGCAGUCUGAUUGGAAAGCACUCGGUAUCCAUGUGCUAUGGGUUUACCUAACCUUGCGCGCUAUGUGGUUCCACGCGCCCUCUGCUCACGUCUUCACAGUAACAUGCUGCAGCCAGACGACGUGAUAGCAGCCG